GUCCCCGCGGGCUGGCACUCCGGCGGCCGCGGCGCGAUGGAGGCGCCGGCCGAACUGCUGGCCGCGCUGCCCGCGCUGGCCACGGCGCUGGCGCUGCUGCUCGCCUGGCUGCUGGUGAGGCGCGGGGCGGCCGCGAGCCCGGAGCCCGCGCCCCCGGCCGAGGCCCCCGGGACCCCCGCGCCGCCCGGCCCCUGCGCCCCGGAGCCGGCGGCCGCGCCGGAGGACCCGGGGGAGCUCGAGGGCCCGGGGGAGCGCGCGGCGGCGCCGGCGGAGGCGGAGGCGGAGGCGGAGGAGCAGGCCGCCGAGGCCAGGCAGGAAGAGGAGCAGGAGCAUGAUGACCAGGAGGACCCACCCCGAGCAGAGCCUGAGGAGGAAGAUGGGGGAGAGGUCUUCUCCUUUAAAUACAGCCCCGGGAAGCUGCGGGGUAACCAGUACAAGAAGAUGAUGACCAAAGAGGAGCUGGAGGAAGAACAGAGGAUUGAGCUGACCUCUGACCUCACUUCCCUGUAGCACGUUCCUUAGGUCCUGAGCCACACAUAAUCUUGCAAAUCCUUUUGAACCGAAGAAUAAUGAAGUUAUCCUUAGCCUCCUGCUAAAGGCUUUUUCCCUUUGACAUCUUAAAAGCUUGAGCGCUAGAAUGGAAAUCCCCAGAGCAGAGCCACGCGGGCUCCCGGGUGCCUCUUGCCAACAUAAACCCGCUGGGACCUAGAGCCUCCGUCAGGACCCGUCCCUCGGCAGGGAGGAUGCCAGGGGGCGCCCUGGCCCCCCACCCCCGGGGGAGAUGCGUUCCUCCCUGUUGGCGCGGAUGGCUCGGUUAAGCAAGGGUUUCGUAGACUUUGAUUUUUCGUAUCACUGAACCCAGCUCUCCACACACCCUUCACACCUGUCAUAUGGCCAGUGGCAGCCACCUUGUCAUUUUAAAACCAUGUGGCUGCAUUCCAGCCCCCCAGCCCCUGCCUUUUCCUCCACUGACGCCUAACCCGGGAAAGACUUGGAGGCGUGUCAGGCAAAUGAGGGAGAGACGCCGGCGCUCAGUGGCUGGCUUAGGGGUGGUCUUGUCUUCCUCUCCCCGGGGACCCAUGCCCCCCUUCCGGGCGCGGUUGUUUGGGGGGGGGUGAGAGAUGCUAUAUCGACGGCGGGGCGGCAGGGAACCAGCGUCGGCUAGAGAUUCGCGGUUGCCCUGACUCUUCAUUUCGAGGAGGCUUGAAUCCAGCCCUCUUGUUGCUAAAAGAAGCCUUUUCACUGACGCUCUUAUCAAGCUCGGCCGAAUCCCCACCUUCGCUUUGGCAGAAGCAAUAAUAAUAGUUUGCUUGAAAUAGAUCUCUCGACUAUGCCUUUUCCUAGAAGGUUUCAUAGAUAAGUUAGAAUUUCGUGAGAGAAGCAGAGCAGUCCCAGAUCCGUUUCUUGGAAUUUUAUAUUGGACGACGUUUAUACUACACCAGACUAAUGUGCAGUUUUUAGAUGUGUUGGUUACAACAUUUUUUUAAGCAGUAAGUUUUUUAGAAAAACGAUCGCCAUCUGAUGGAAGGCCGGGAUGUCAACCCCUAGGCCGUGUCGCAUUCCCAGUGACCCUCUCCUCUGGGCCUCGAACCUUAGGUUUAGGGACGGAGCGCGGGACAGAACACCAGCCACACCGAGACCUGACAGGUAGAUGCUGUCUUGUUAGCACCCAGGUCCCCACACACGCAAUACGACGGCCUUGUCCAGACUGGGAUCUUAAUGACACCGUGAGCGGGGGACUGCCUCCCUCCGGGUCAGCUACCUAGCUAGUUAGUUGUCUGGAAUCUUUCUGAACAUGGCUCGUGGGCCCCAAGCCUCACGUCCUCCUGAUGGCUUGGAUCUGUGUAUUCAGCCUUUGUUCAGCCCAAUAAACUUUGAGUAGAUGA